UGCACACGCAAACGGGUCAGGCGUUUUGCGGUGAUUUAAUCGUUAGUCAACUCGGGUGUGGUCCAAACAGUAUUUCAUUUUUGUAAUCAGUAAGCAAUAUUCAUCGCGAGGUACAUAUUUCAUUACGAUUUAAGACGGAUUCUGAUUUAUCAACUGGUGUUAAUUUGCUGUCAAGAAUUUGAGUGUUUUUUGGGCCCAAAUACUGGUGUAUAAUUACAAAAGAUUUGCAAGCAUGGAGUCUAAACUGAUGAGGAUGUCUCGUCUGCUUUCUCUAGUUUUGGUCGUUUCCCAAUUUCCAGGUUUCCUUGGUCAAGUGAUCCCCGAGGAAGCUCUACUGGUAUCGCGUCUUCUAGACCAUGGCUAUAGCACCAUUGUGCGUCCAGUCAUGUACCAAGAAGACACCAUCACCGUUAAGAUUGACUUGGCUAUAGUCAACCUCCUAGAUAUGGACGAGGCGAAUCAGAUCAUGACGGCCAACACGUUCAUGACCCAGGAAUGGAAUGACGCCUUCCUCCAAUGGGAACCAUCCGAGUCCUGGAACAUUACAGAUGUCCAGGUACCCAUCAACAACAUCUGGAGACCCGACAUCAUUCUUCAUAACAACGCCAAUGAUGAGCUGAACGGCGGCAUCCGCUGGACUCACGCCUGGAUCCGAUACGACGGGACUGUGACCUGGAAGACCAACUACAUCCUGAUGAGUGCCUGCCCAAUGAACCCUCUCUACUUCCCCUUCGACACCCAGAACUGCUCCCUCAAACUCGGUUCCUGGACCUACAACGAGGACGAGAUCAACGUCAUCGCCAACAGUACUUCCGGUGACGCGACGCAGUACCAACCCAACGGCGAGUGGGACCUGAUUGACUUCCCUUUGCGUCGCGAGGUAGACGUGCGCCAGUGCUGCCCGGGUGCGUAUCCAUCCGUCAUCUUUAACGUCAUCAUCAAACGGCAGUUCUUGUUCUACUUUUUCAAUCUGGUCGUCCCGUGUGUGAUCAUCUCGUCUCUAGUGUUGCUGAGCUUUGUGCUGCCGUCGGACGCCUGUGAAAGGAUCACCCUGACCCUCACCGUUCUUCUGUCGCUUACCGUGUUUCUGCUGCUCGUCGCCGAGACCAUGCCGCCGACGUCCGAAGUGGUGCCGCUCAUUUCUCAAUAUUUCGCUGCGAUCAUCGUGGCUGUCGGCUUGAUCACGGUCUUCACCGUGGUCACCUGCAGCAUCCAUCACACUGGAGACAGUCAACGUGCUCCCCGCCUCGUCCGCCGGGCCAUCCUCGGCUACCUCGCUCGUUUCCUCUGCGUUCAGACCAUCCCCGUGGACGACGACGACGACGACGAUGACUUGAAAAAGUCAUCGUCCUCCUCCACCACCGGGUCGGUGAAGCGCCGUAACGAGGUCGACGGGGAUGGGGUUCUGAACCCCGUCUUCGAAGAUGACGACGGCAACGGAGAUCCGUUUCAGGCGUCCACGUCGGCGUCCAACUGCGACCCGAUCGAGAUGCUCAUGUCGAAGAUCUCGCGUGGCGUGGCCCACUUCGCCAAGCUCACCUUCGACGAAGCCGAGAGCAAGAGGACGUCGAUGGAGUGGAUGCACAUCGCCAGUGUGCUCGACCGUUUCUUUACCUAUUUCUUCGCCAUCAUUUGCCUAGCCAUCACCCUGGGCACCAUUGUCGCCGCCGCCGCACAGGCUUAGUAAUCGCGGUCGAGCAUGAUCCCGACUUACGCGUCUAUCAUCGUAUGGUAUUCU